UGCUCAGCAUGGGGAGGAACGGAUGGGCUAUCUAAGCGGCCCUUUAAUAUUGCACUGUAGCAGCACGCUGGUAGGAUCUUGCUCGAGGUAGGGAAAAAAGCAAGUUGGAAAAGCAACGCAAAGUUUGGAGAGGAGAAAACAGGUUGUCUGUGGAAAGAAAACAGGUUGUCUGUUCAGCCGUGACGCGGUUGUAAAUUGCAGGCAUGGCUUCUAAACCCGUUGUGGACUCGAAGCAAACGGAGGCGGUGGUCAACGGCAUCCGGACGGAGGUGGUGUGCACGGCAUUUGCCGACACCCUCCUCGUGGUGGUGACCCAGUACGGAAAGAUGGGCACCCUCGUCUCGCUGGAACCCAACGUGGUGGCUGACGGCGUCACCAAACCGCUGUUCACGACCAAAGUCCUCUUGGGCAAGGAUGAGCCUCUCGUCCACAUCUGUGCCAAACAUCUGGCGACGUCUGUUUCUCAGGAAGCUGGGAACAAGCCCGUCCUGCUCGCCCUGGCCUUGAAGGAGAAAAGCAUCGAAGGAAUCCGGACUUUGCGGGAGGUGAUCCAAAGGUGCCGUGUGUGGUGACGGCAGAAUGCCGGCACGGGAGGGAUACAUAACGCCUGAGUCAUCUGUCUCUCUGGGAGGUAGACUUUGACCCUUCCGGCUAAGUCCUGUUUUGCCGUGCAUUAUGGGUGAAGCGAAGAAUCUGGGUUUGACUUCACCGGGCGUGGUGGCCCAAGAGCUCUCCAGAUCCCAGCCUGCAUCCCAAAACAAGAAAGGAAGCGAGGCUGGAAAACCGAACGUUCAGCCCGCUGGGGGGAAAACCCCGAGUGUAAGGUUGCUGCUGAACCUUGGAGGGUUUCCUCUGCCAAGGUUGGUGCGCAGCCCAGAAUUGGGGAGUGUUUCCAGUAUCUGUAGUUUCCAACUCUUCUAUCUUCUGUUUCCCCUGCCUGUCUGCAUGAAACUGUUUCAAUGUAGUUUUCGGAUGGGAGCUACAGGUGAGUUUAUCUGGCGGGAACUGGGAUGGGAGCCCGUAAAAGCGGCUGCUUGAACGCUGGGGGGCCAGUUCCCGCAUUGCUUGUGAUUGACUUAGGAUGCCAGCUCAAUAAAGAACUCAAAUGUUACUUUUGGCCUGGACUUUGCAAGUUCUUUACACCGAUAUAACAGACUGCGGAUACCUUUUUCCCCUGCUGAACUGAGUGUGCUUCCUGGAGAUCUGCAGUCAAAAGAAGCGCUUCGGGUCGUGUUUGAAGAGAUGCGUCCGGUCUUCGGAAAAGGAUGUCCUUUUUGGUUAUUAAGGAAAAAAAAGUUUUCUCGAAAUGUUCUAAGCUAACCUCAGCGUACUUCCGGUGUACUGAGUGUCUAUGCAGUGCAAGGAUGUUCUAUAAUAAAAAAUAAAAGUAGUCA